UAUGAAUAAGUACUUUAAACUGCGCGUGAUUCUAUCUCAUAACGAGGACGUACAUUGUACUAGUACCUUGCACAUUUUCACAAUAAUAAGUAAUGACCGGACAGCGCAGCGGCGUGAAUGCUUGCGUCUAUGGAAUCGCGACCGCGGGUUCAAACCUCACUUCUGUUAUAACACAUUUGUACUUUUUUAAAUUAUUCCUAUCGAUUUGAGAGCAGUAGACAUUUUGAUGUGAUAUUAAAGCAGCUAAUUUAAUACUCGUAUAUCAAAAGGCAAUUCAAUUUGUUUCGGCCAUAUUGGUGUGGUGCUGUGGAGCGACGGUCGUCUGUGAAACGCACGGUGGCUUCCGUGUCACAGUACUGACAUUUUGUAGUGCAAUAAAUAAUUAGCACGUUACUUUUAGUUUUGAUUGAGUAAUUGCAGAACAAUUCAGUGAUUUGAAAUUCAUUAGUUUUGGUGUGUUUUGUCAUCGUGCUUAGCGGGCCUACUGCAACGCCUUCUCGGUACGAGGUAUCCUCCAAACGGAUCCCUGAGGGUCUGCUCUAAUGAGCUAACACUAUUAGGCCUGGCAGGGUGCCUGUGAACAUUAACAACAACCCCACAAAACUCUCCUGGCGUCCAACCAUAGCUUUAAGUAGUCAAGUAGUUAGUUUUAGUAAAGUAGUUAGCAGUAGUAUUAUUGAAGUAAUUGUAUUUGUAUAGUUGUAGUUGUAAAAUAAACUCAUUGUAAAUUGGAAUAGCUUCUGUUAUUUAUUAACUUAACCCAUAACAAAUAGCGCCCAACGUUAAAAAAAGGGUUACGUUAAUUUAAUAGGUACCACAAUAUAGUCAUCCAGUCAACAAAGAAUUUAUUUUAUCAUUAGUAUUUUAUACGCCGCUUAUAAUAUAAACUCACCCCAAAUAGAUGUAUUUUAGUUAGUAAAUUUGUUUAGUUGUUUUUAGCCUUAAUAUCAUUACAACUUCCAAUUUUAAUCAGAUUAGUGCAUAUUAUUUAAGUAUUUCUUUUACCUACCUACAUCUAUCUUUUAUAGACAAAAUUGUGAAAUUUUAUAUUGUAGACAUAUAUUUAUUCCGAUAACAAUAAUUUAAUGUAUGAUAAAUAGGUAUAUCAAUAGAGAUGGUACCCAGCAGCGGCGAAGAGUUCAAGUAAAUCGAUUCCCGACGGCUUACCUUUAUCUAAAUUUCAUCCUCCGCCACUGGUAGGUACAUUUGUUUUGCUUUUUUGUAUAUUAUAACUGAAAUUAUUGUGUGUAUACCUAACAUACGCUAUUAUUGUGUACUUUAUUCAAUUUAAUUAAGUAUUACCUUACUCAAAUAUUGGUUAACAUUGUAUUUUGUAGGUACGAGUAGGCAUAUUUUAUUUUAUUUUUAUUUUUUUUCUCACUUAAUUUCAAAGACUACCUAGUGGUAGUCUUUGGGCUUAUACUUGUCAUAGUUUAGUUGUAUUGUCUUUUGCGUAACGGUCACAUAACACGCUUUAUUUUGCAUAGCAGGAAAUUGUUUAUAUUUACUUAACUUUAAACAUGGAUCCACAACAUUUACUUAAAGAUGAAGUUGAAUUUGAGCUCGCGUGCCGUGGAUAUAGUCAGCCAGGUCUGGUUUCUGCCUUAAAAAAAAUCCUAAAAAAAAUGUUAGAGGCAGAAAGUGUAAUGAGCGUAUCUUAUGAAAUAAAAUCACCUCAGGCGUCUGUCACUACACCUAGUCUCGAGUUAGACGUAUGUGCAGUUAAAGUUAACAACCUCAUGUGUUACGUUUCUGAGUUAAAUGAAAAACCAGAUAAGUUACUUUUUAAACGUUUAGUUUCGCGGCUAUUUCAUGUGGUCAAUAGGUUAAAGUUGGCCGUGCCGGUGGAUGAAGUAGAAAAGGAUAGACGGAACGUACUUUUAGACAAAGCUGUAAUUUUAUUAAAGGAUUUAGAGGGGAAGGAUGAGAUAGAGGAUAGUGAUCACAUAACUCCAGAAAUGAGAGAGGCACUACAUAAUUCUAUAGGGGAUGAUGGUAAGAAAAUUUUAAACUUAUUAGAUGAGCAUGUUAACCCAGAAAGUGUACUUCCCUCCGCCUCAGAAGCAACGAAAAGCGUAGACACUCAAGGAAUUUUCGCUUUAAAUAGUAAUAUUCAAAGGAAAGUCAGUUUUGCGCAAGAGGACUUACAUAUUCCCUUUGGUAGGGAAAAACAAUCUCCAUGUAAAGUUUUUAAUUCAACUACAUUUGACGAGACGCCUAUGCGUAAACUUAAAUUGGUUCCAAUUUGUCAAUGGGGUGUACACUUUUAUGGGGAUAAUAAAUUUAGUGUCAAUGCGUUUAUAGAAAGGGUACAUGAGUUGAAGGAUGCCAGAAAUGCCACAGAUGAUGACUUAUGGCGACAUGCCAUCGACUUUUUUAAAGGCGACGCGUUAAUUUGGUUCCGAGCAAAUAGAGAGUUCGUAGGUAGCUGGAAUGAACUUGUACUAUUAUUAAAACGUUCAUUCCAGUCACCUUUUUAUCAGGAAGAGCUUCUUUCAGAAGCAAAAGCUAGGACGCAAGGAAAAUCCGAAUCAGUGCUUAUAUUUAUUGCCGAACCUAACACGGUAGUAAACUCAUUAGAGCCAGAUUUAGCAUAUAAGACGGAUAAAACACUUACCAAUAGUACACCAGCUCUUACGGAAAUAAAAGACUCUAAAAAGAGUAACACUUUACAGGGGGUCAACAUGCGAUGUUGGAAUUGUCGUGAAACGGGCCAUGUGUUUCGUUCUUGCCCUGUACCAAAACAGCGUUUAUUUUGCUACCGCUGCGGUCGUUUUGGACUCACUCUAAAAGACUGUAUUUGUAAGGGAAACGGCAACGGGGAAAGCUCGAAGCCAGCCAGCUGA